AUGGAUGACAUUCACGCCCCAACUGUGGCCUCCGGACCUGCAUCCGGAGGUACCCCUCGCGAUGUGUCUAAGCUACCAAUGCCAGACCUGAUGCAGGAAAAGGAACGCAUCGAGGAGGAAAUGUCUGCGCUCAGUAGCGUUCUCCAAUCACACGGGGUGCGCAUGACCUCCUCUCUUACUACCUUCGAUGGCUUUCCCCGCGAUGAUAUCGACAUUGCGCAAGUUCGAACAAUACGCGUGCGUAUGAUCCAUCUACGCAAUGACCACAAGGACGUGAUGCACCACCUUGAAAAGGGAGUUCACGCACAUUUCGCCAACUUGCAAACCACGCCCGGCGCUGGACCAACCACCAAUGGCACAAGUCACCCUCCCGUCGUGCACUCAUUACCAAACCGCUCUACGACAGGUAGUGGUGCCCUCGAGGCACCGUUCGCGAAGGUCAACAGUGUGGUCACAGGAAGUCCAGCAGACCAGGCAGGCCUCAAAGCUGGCGAUUCUAUUCGAAGCUUUGGGGGUGUCAAUUGGUUAAACCAUGAGCGUUUGAGUAAGGUUGCCGAGACAGUACAACAAAAUGAAGGGCGAGUGGUGUUGGUUAAGGUUAGUCGCAAGGAAGACACCGGUCCUGUCUCCGAGUUACAUCUACAACUCACUCCCCGGCAGAAUUGGGGAGGUCGUGGCUUGCUCGGAUGCCACCUGGUUCCAUUGUAA